AGGAGCAACUGUGUGGGAAGCCAUGACUCAGCGAUUGAAAAUAAUUGUGUUAAAAUGAUAUUAAAACGUUUGAGGAUGACAGAAUGCAAGUUCGGGAUACUACUGAUAUUAAUUUGUAURGGUAUAAGUGCACAAAGUAUUGAUGUUGACAAUGAUCUGCAAGAUGAAGGAUUUGAUGGAAUUGACAAUGAGUCUAAAAUGGUUUUAACUCAAGAGGAAUCAGACUUGUAUGACAGGAAUAAAGAUGGAACAUUGGAUCACAAGGAAAUGGCAAGAUAUCUUCAAGAUGUUUUGGCACGUCAAAAUUCAGAACCAAUUAAAAAGAAGAAUAUAGCUCCAUGGUCCUUACCUAAGGUUUUUGGAAGAUUCACUUUGAAAGAAGCAGGAAUUGUACUGAUAUUAUGCAUGGUUUCCAUUGGUUUAGUUUAUCGAAUUCUUUUUAGCAAAAAGUCUCAGUCAAGGACUACAGGAGUGCAGAUUGAGAACAUUCGUGUAGCGCGUCUGAAAAAACUUCAAGAAUUUCAUCAAAGAACUUCAAUCCAGCCAAUUACCCAAAAUAGUUCUUUGCAAAUUGCAUGCACCAAGACAGAAAAGGUUGAAAACUCAACCCCAGAUGAUGAUUUUGAGACCUUAACAUACCCCCAUCAAAAUGCAAAGAAGAAACACAGCKAAAUAACAACUCAAGYAAUUAAAGCCCCAACACAGACACAACCUGUCAUUAAACUGAAAAAACGAGAAGGCAAAGUUGCCUUGGAUGAAACUGCAAAGACUCAUGACCAAACAGAAAACCCAGGUAAUUGAACAGUUAUGUAGAGAAUUAAUAUUAACUGCACAUAAAGCACAUYAGAUUGAAAAUUAC